AUGGGGAAGAAGAAAAUGAGAACGAAGCCCAAUCCAUUCACAGAUCAAUCCCCCACUUCCUCCAUUAAUAAACCUUCCUCUUCUUCUUCACCUUCUUCGUCUUGCUCAUCUCCAUCUUCCGCCUCCACAUCCACCUGGCCCUGGCCGCCUUACUACUACUGCCACCAGCAGCCGCGCACUCUCUCCUUCCGUACAACCACCUCCGCCGACAAGCCCAUCUCCACCGCCACCGCCAUGUCCAAGCCCACUGGGCCUACCUCCAGCGGACCCGAUGUUGUUGGGCCGGGCCCAGGAAACACCGACGCCUCGUUCGACGACGAUCCCGCCGCCGUGGAGACCGUCAUCCGCGGCCUCAAGCAGUCCGACCGCCGCCGCCUCUUCUCCCCCGACGAAACCAGCUCCUCCAUCCUCCGCCGUAAAGAUUCAUCCCCAACCGCCGAGGAGGAAGCGGAUCGCGGCGGCGACGGAGGAGGGGAAAAUUUGUUGUACCCGUUCAACGACGGCGGAGCGGCGGCAGUGGCGCUGACGCUGGAUUCGCGGGAUCCGUUCGAGGACUUCAAGGCGUCGAUGGCGGAGAUGGUGGAGGCACACGCGCUGCGCGAUUGGGAGUCUCUGGAGCAGCUGCUGGGCUGCUACCUGAAGGUGAACGGGAGGAGCAACCACGGGUACAUCGUCGGCGCUUUUGUCGACCUGCUCGCCGGCGGCCUCUUUUUCAAAGCGGCGGCGGAGGAAGAGGAGGAGGUGGAGGAAUUAAAUUGCUCUUGCUCGAAUCGCCACAAGGCGGGCGAGGAUCUCCGGCGGCAUCACUACUCGCCGUCGUCGCCGCUGUCGUUCUACACCUCUUUCUCGUCGUCGUCGUGCUCGGAGGAUUCGUCGUCGACGCCGUGCGUGUCGUCGCUGGAGGCGUACCGGGAGGCGGCGGAGGGUGAUGACGAGCUGGACGAGAUUAGUACUGCAGCUUUUCGCGGUGAGAAGGAAAGGGGAAGGGAGAAUGGGUCCCAUUAA